UAUUCGUCUCCAUAGAUGCUGCCUGACCUGCUGAGUUCCUCCAGCAUUUUGUGUGUCUGCUGCACUAAACUUGCUGAUGUAUGAACACAGUUUAAUUUGCCAUUCCUCGAAAGACAGUCUCCUUCCACAAAACGAGAAAUGUUUAAAUGCAGGAAAGGAAACUGAAACCUUCCUGCAGAGCCCAUGGGUUUUUCUUGGCUCUGCACGCCAUCUUUUACAACUCCUCCUCCUUUCCCUCCCUUUGUGUCUCAUAAAGGAUCACCGAUCGGGAAGGAAGUCCAUUCCUUCUGAGGGGAGUCGGUAGGGAACGAGGGCUCUAUCUCACUGCUGCCAUGGGAGGUGGCGAAUGCCUCGUUAGCGGCCGCAGACUCGGCUGUUUGCUGGCAUCUCUGCUCGCUCUACAGGCUCUCUGUUUCACCUUCACCUACCUGCACUUCAGCCGCAAGUUGAAACAGAUCGAGGAAAUGUUCUCCAAGAACAGCAUGAGCUGCCUGACAGCAGACACCCUGAAUCUUCUCCCUGACUCCAUGGAGGAUGAAGGUCUCUACAGUGAGCAAGCGAGGAUGGGUGAAGAUCAGUGCUGGAGAUUCCGAGAGCAGAUCCAACAACUGAUCAAAGAAACCAUAGCGAAGCGGUAUGAACAGAACAUGUCUCUCAUUGCGAAAGGUGAACUCCCCCGGUUCCUUUCGUACCUGAGGCAGUCGGGAUCUGGAGCCCAGCCACCCGUACAAAAGGUAGCAGCUCACCUCAUAGGGAAUCACAAGAUGAAGACAGUUUCUCUGGAAGGAACGUCGUCAAGGAAUCUCCACGGCCAGAAGAUACAGGCGUGGGAACCCAAGAGAGGGCAGGCAUUCCUACACAAUGUGGAGUACACUAACGGAGAGCUGAUCGUUCCGCAAACUGGGCUCUACUAUGUUUAUGGCCAGACCUACUUCCGUCAACAAGACAUAUCGAGGGAGAAAGGUUCCAGUCCGGGCGAGAUGCUAUCCAAUUCUAGGAACAAGCAGAUGGCCCAGUACAUUUACAAGACCACUGCCUAUCCUGACCCUAUUCUAUUGAUGAAACAUACCAGGACUACUUGCUGGGCCAGGAAUGCAGAAUACGGCUUGCAUUCCAUUUACCAGGGUGGGAUCUUCGAGCUGAGAUACCAAGACCGGAUAUUUGUGGCAGUCAGCAACGUCAGCCUGAUUGACGUGGCCGGGGGCUCGAGUUUCUUUGGAGCUUUUCUCAUCAGCUAGUCAGCAGGCCUCUGCUGACACGCUCCUGCAGUGUUUUGUUUUUGAUCCGCAGAAGACAAUCAGGCCCUAAUGAAGGGCCUGAAGAAUGCUUCAACAAUUUCUCAACCUACAGGCAACAACACUUCUUUCAUUGAGCAACUGUCCCAAGAUUGCUUAGUGGGUUGUGAGAAACUGAAUGUUAGAGCAUCUGCAGAGAAAUGUGUGUUCAUUGGUGCUGAUUUCCAUUAGACAUGGGAUCAGAGUAAGGCCAUUCAGCCCAUUAAGGCUGCCCCACCAUUCCUCAAGGUUGAUGAGUUUUUCAACAGUACAGGAGGAGAGCCUUCUGUCUGCAACCCUUAGUGCCCCCUUACCAAGCCAGAAGAAAUAAACCCAAUGGUUUGGCCUUCACCACUGCCUGGGCAUGCAUUUCAAACAUACAACACCCUCUGCUGAAGAAAUCCGUCCCUGACUGAUGCACCAUCAAUAACUUUCUCUGAGACGUAAAGGCGAGAUAUCGGCUUUUAUUGACUGGAAGAAGGAACAAGCAGUGGUUGACCACCAUACUACAUCCUGGAGACUGAGGGAGGAGCAGUGCCUCCAAUCGCUUUUAUACAGGGGUCUGUGGGAGGAGCCACAGGAGCAGUCAGCAGAGGGGCAUGUCCAGACAGGUAUAUGUAGUUCACCACAUUGACUCAUUUCUAAAGGGGCAUCCUAGUGCAAUACCCAUGGAUUCUAACCUCCCUUACUAUUGGGAAAAUCCUCUCCAUGUCUGUUGCAUUGACACCACAGCCAAGAAGGCUGACUAGUGUCUCUAUUUCCUCAGGAGGCUAAAGAAAUUUGGCAUUACCCCAUCGACCCUCACCUCUUUAUCGGUGCACUUCCUUUUCGGUAUUUGGUAGGUGUCAAUGAGAUCUCCACCCCCCCCCCCCAACCGUUGUGAACUCUAUUGAGUGCAGGUCCAGAGCCAUCAAUGCUCCUUGAACAUUGAGAUUUUCAUUCUUGUGAAUCUCCUCUGGACCCUCGCCAGAGCCAGCACAUCCUCCCUUUAGAUAUGUGGCCCAGAAUUGCUUACAAUAUUCCCCCCGGAUCUGACUCCAAAUCCAUCUCCUCCCACCAGGCCACAGGGUUCCACCAUUCAAAGUGGAUAUUUGACCAUGAUUUUUUUGGGACAAACUUGACUAAAGUCACUGGAGAGGAUGUGUAAGCUGAUUUGAAGAGACAUGGAAACAGAAUGAGACCAUGUGUCCCAUUGAGUCUGUUUUGCCAUGCCGUCAUGGCUGGUUUAUUAUUCCUCUCAACCCCAUUUUCCUGCCUUCUCCCUGUAGCCUUUGACAAUCGUAAUGCUCAAGAGCUUAUCAAGCCCCACAACCCUGUGAGGCAGGAUUGGAGAGAUUCACAGCCCUCUGUGAUGAGAAGUCAGGGGAAUGCCUCACAGGGCUAGUGAUUAUGAUUCCAUCCCUGCCACUGUCUGUCUGAUCUCACAGCGAUCACAUGGGUUUCUCCAAGUCUCUCCCACAUCCCAAAGGUGUAUGGGUUAGGGUUAGAAAGUUGUGGGGAUGUCCUCUAAACCCAGGAUAGCCAGACUGCGGCCUACAGUGAACGUGGAGUCGUGGACAGUGGGCAUCUGACUUCUCCAGCGGACUUGCUGCGAUUAACAGACGUGGGGCGCUGGCCAACGGGGCUUGAUGGCUGGACUUCCGCUUGACCCUCAGGCCUCAGCAUCGAUCCCAAACCCAGCCCAUCACUGAACAGUAGGGCCCAAACUCCGGACUCACCAGUGAUGGGACCCUGUACAGGAGGCUUUCUCUCCAGUCUCACUGAUUCGCGAUAUCCCCACCUCCUCAUUCACCAAUGUAAACCAGAAGAUGGUGAUGGAUUCUAACAACUGAUGACCCACCCCAAAUCCCACUGGUUCAGCUCACUUAGAACAUAAGACAUUGGAGCAUCAUUAAGCCAUUUGAAUCAUCAUCUGCUUCGAUAUUGCUUCAUGGCUGAUUUGUUAUGCCUCUAAACCCCAUUCUCCUGAGCCAAUGCUACUUGCACUCAGAAUGUAUGUUUGAGAAAGUUUUAUUUUUUUAGCUUAUACAGAAAGAGUUCCCCUUUGACUUUGGGAAUCAGAAUCAGAUUUAUCAGUACGGACGUGUGUGCAUGAAAGUUAUUUGUGAAAGCAGUAUGGUGCAAAGACCAAAAAAUUACCAAAAACUGGAAAACAUACUGAACGUUAAAAGGAAUAACAACACCCUCCUGCAUUUCCACGCAUCCGCCCUGAGCAAAAUCAGGAUCAGCUUUAAUAUCACUGAUAUAUCUUAGCAGAUUUGUUGUCAUUGUGACAGUUAGAAACAGCAAUACAGAAUAAUAAAAAUAGUGAAUAUAUACAUAGAGU